CAAUUAAGCUCAGAAUCUUCGUUGAUAACACCAGAGACUCUGCAUCAACCACAUACCAGUCAAAAUGGUUUUCCGCUUCCCUAAAUCCCUCGACCCGAUAACCCUCUUUCACUCCCCCAGUUCCCCGGCCAGCAACACGGCAUACAAGAUCCUAAAGUCUGCAUCCGCCGCCGCCUCUGCCGCAGAUACACCCGUCGGGCGCGGCGAAUUCCAGCUCGAAGUCACUACCGCCCCGCCAACAACCGACCAGCUGCGCAAUAUCCUCGAGUACGUUACGGGAGAUCCAAGCGGGGCCGGCAAAGAAGGGGGGGCGCGGUAUCCGGUCAGCGAGAUUAUACAGGGCGCGAAGAACGCAGAGGAAGCGGUUAAGCGGUUUAAGGAAGAUAGCGGGCGGUUUAUGAGGCCUGUCACGGUUGAUUGGACGAAUGGGCAAGCAGUUGUUGGGGAUGAUGAGAGUCAGAUUCUGAAGAUGGUAAGACAGGCGGAGGGGAAUUGAGACUAGGGGCAACAUGACCUGUCUGAAUUA